UUGUGCGAUUUUUUUUUUUUUUACCGCCAAAAGUUUUACAACACCCAAACGUCAAAACACCUUGCCAUUCCCUCCCCCUUCAUACCAAACCACACCACACCAUACACAUCCACACCAUGUCCAGCCAGACAUCCUUCAUGCACUUGGUGAGGCCAGCGGUCUCCGCCCCCGCUGCGUCCUCGACCGCCAGCCCCUGUAACGUCAAGAUCCACACGUCAGCCCUCUUUCAAAUUUUGGAAAUCCUCUCUCAACAGGCGUUGGACUCCAACAAGAGAGUCAUUGGUACACUUCUCGGGUUGAGAAGCGACGACGGGUCCGAGUUUGAGGUGCGUGACGCGUUCAUGGUCACCUGCACCGAGACCGGUGACGCCAUUGCCAUCGAAGAAGAGACCCACAAGAAGAUGUACCAACUCUACAAGAAGGCCCACCCCAAGGAAUCUGUCUUGGGAUGGUUUGGACUGCUGUCCGAGCUUGACUCCACCACGGGGCUCAUCCAUGAUUUCUACUCAAAGGGAUCCGACAGAGCAUUCCCUUACCCGGCCAUCUACUUGAAUGUGGACUUUUUGGCUGCCGCCAAGACUUCCGCGUUGCCAACUAUUACCACCUUUAUUGGUGCGGCUGUUGGUAAGCCAGGCCAACAAGCGGCCAGAAUUGGUUGGAAGGCAGUCAGCACCACCAAUCUGUAUGUGUUUACCCCAAUCCCUAACGAGGUUGUCACCAAGAGUGUCACCGAAAAAUUGGCCUUGAACACCUUGAGAGAGGCCCAAGCACAACGUGAAACCGUGGUUACCGUUGCCGGUAACGACCGUCAUUUGUCGCACUUGUCCGCCCAAUUGCAACUGGUCACCGCCACUAUCGACGCUCUUUUGCAAUACAUCCAAACCAAGCCUAACAGCGACCGUGACAUCGAUUUGCUCAGACUCUUGAGCAACACCUUGUUGAACAGACCGCAAUCAUUGCUGAAUUUGGACGAGUUGGAGAAGAAGUUCCGUGCCCACAACACCGACGUCAUCAUGAUCGAGUUCUUGACCAAGGCCGUCAAGGAGCAAAUCGAGUUGAGUGCCAGAUUGACCGCUGAAGCCGACAAGAAAUAAACGACU